AUAAAGAAUCGAGCAUUGGGAGAAGGAGCACCGAUGGAAUCAAGUUUAUUUUUAGACGUUUAUUGAAUCUGACAUAAGUUAUUAUGCCAGAAUGUCUGUAAGAACGAAACAAACAACUUUAGAUCAAUUUUACAGAAUUGUAUCUAACAGGAAUACUGGUUGUGGAAUAAAAUUUUAUGAUUCAACACCAAAAAACAAAGGAAGAAAACGAAGGAUUUCCCUACGAAGAAAAUCAAUUAUGUAUCCUGUAGUAGAGAGCGAAGUUAAAAUAGUUUUCGAUAGCACAUCAAAGAAAAAGCUCAAAUUAAGUCUAAACAAAAAAAAACGUUCAUCUUCAUCUCAGAUUGAAAAUGUGAUCAAGAAACCAAGACACGAUUCUGAAACUUUUGAUGCAACUGAAAAUGCCCCAGCAGUGCAAAAAUCUUGUACUAUUGAAUCUACUCAAGAAGUAAUCGCAAGCGGUGCAAAGGAAAAUCAAAUUCCCUGCCAAUAUGAGGCAACUCAACUGAGCAUUAAAACACAACUAGAUGAUAUGACUGAUAUUGAAAAAACUAUGCAUGAAAAUGAAGCAAUUUAUCCCUAUAAACUUGAACCAUCACAACACUUUGACGAUACUGGUCUGUUUGAUGAUGCAAAUACUGUUGAUACGUCUGCACCCUGCACUAAAACACAACUAGAUGAUAUGAUUGGUAUUGAAAAAACUAUGCAUAAAAAUGAAGCAACUUAUCCCUAUAAACUUGAACCAUCACAACACUUUGAUGAUACUGGUCUGUUUGAUGAUGCAAGUAAUGUUGAUACAUCUGCACCCUGCACUAUGCCUGUGAAAGAAAGUGCAGAGCUACAGUUAAAAGUUUCUACACCUAAUGAAAAUAGUGAUAUAUCAAAAGAAAAUUUAGUUUCCUGCAAAAUGGAAUCAUCAGAACAUUAUAUUGAUGACUAUGAAUUUGAUAAUUUAGAUUGUGCUAAUGAUAAAGAACCAGCAGUAGAUUCAAAAGCAUUUAUCAAAGUUAAAAGCCCUAGUCAAAUAAAUUUGACUAUGGGAAAUAUUGAGGAAGUAAAAACAUCUCCAACAAAAAGUCCUUUUAAAAAGAAAAGCAAAGUAUCUCCAAAGAAAAGCUCUCCUCAAAAAUUAUAUUUUGUUGAUAGAAUUAACAUGGAUGAUGUUCGAGCUGCUGUCGAAAAUUUAAAUCUUGUGAGGCAAGGAAGCAUUAAUUCUAAUGAAUUUGAUUUAGAAUCUAUUUAUAAGAAGUCUGAUUUUUCAAUGGUAUAUAGUGAUGUCAUGAACCCAAACUGUGUUAAAUUUGAUAUUCGUGAUAUUAAUUUUGGGCAAGAAAAACACGCAGAUCAUUUAAUGUCUAUCGUUAUGAACGUUUUUUCUAAUCCAAUGAAUUGUGGUUAUUUUUCAAUAGAUGAACUCAAUUUAGUAUUUUCUCUGUUCACUUUAUCAAAAGAAUCUCAAAUGUUAUUUGUGAGAUUGCUAAAAAGAAAAUUAGGUUGGCACAGAGCUAGUUUGAUUAAGUAUCCAGAAAUUUCUGAUAAUUUAGUUCCUUUUUUUAAAGAACUUGUUGAUAAUGGAUUUUGUUCAUCAGAUCUUGAGAAAGUAGAUAUGCCUGAUAUCUUAAAUAUGCUACAAGCUGAUGAAGUCAAAACUAUUUGUCAAAAAUUCAAAAUAAAUAAUAAAGGAACUAAGCCAGUAUUACUUGGUAGAUUAUUGAAGUAUGGAAAUUCUGCCAAAUCUUUAUUUGUUGGUGCAAAAAGUCCAAAAACUGUGUUGAGAUCAACAGUACAAAUUACUUUAAAAUUAUGUGUUUGUAUGGAAACAAAUGUUACAGAAAUAUUUAAUAGAAUUCUACUUCUAUUUCACCCCACACAAGAUCCAAAAGAAAGCAUUGCUGAUCUUUUCCUUCUACUCACUAAUGUGCACAAAGGAGAAGUAUUGUAUCCCAUCAGGCCAAAAGGAGAACAGUUUCCAAUUUUUAAAAAUCAACAGAGUCUGAAAGAAUACGUCGAAGCUAACAAUGCAGUUAGAGAAACUUAUGCUUCAACCGAAAAAAAAGACUGGGAAAAUAUAAAAAAAUUGGGUCGCACUGCCUUGGAUCACAUAAAAAAUUCAAAAUUAAGGCCGGAAAACUCUACUUUACCACUGCAUGUGCGAAAAUUCGUCGCUGAAUAUUCGUGGCUGAAAGUCAUGUCAAUGAGCGUUGAUGCCUUCAAAAAAAGUCCUGAAACAAUUCCUGAGGCUGUGACUAUAUUAAAAACGCUUAUAGAUGAUAAGCUUUUCUCUCAAAGCAGCCGGGGCAAAUGGUACAGCGAGCUUGCAUUGAUUGAGAUGCAUCAUUUGAAAAAUUUGGAGAAUAGCGCGGCGUUGGCGAUUCAUGCCUUGCAGCAGAAUACUCUGACCGAGGUGGAUGUAUCUGAUCUUGUAGAAAGAUUGAGGAAAUUAACCAGAAGGAAAACUGGAUUGAGCAAGGAAACCAGAGAAUUAGUUGAGAAGACUUUGUUGGAUGUAGAAGAGAAAGGAUUAGUACCUCAACCAGCCAAUACCAAAAUUAUAAAGGCCAAUAUGGCAAAUAGGGCCGAAUCCACGGGCAAAAGUACAUGGAGCAUUACUAUAAACGGCAGAGACAAAUUUUACGGAAGUGUCGAAGUCUUGGCGCUUCAGCAUUACACCAGUGAAGAGAUGUUUGUCGAAGGUCUUCAUUGCGAGGGUGCAUUACCAAUUACAUUAUUCACGAUAUUUUUCUGGGAUGAGCUAUACUCUUAUUAUGUACCGGGAACAUUUAUUUCGGAUUACCAAUCAGCGCCAUUAGAUUUGUUCACUAAAGAAUUUUUCCAAAAUCGAAAGGAAGCAAUAGAAGAAAAACUUACAUCCAUGCGGGCCAUGGAUUCUGAUACUUUCGCUAUGAUUUUGUAUGAUAAGUACUGCAACUGUUUACAGUACCAGUCAUUAAUGGCAAAUAAUCCAUUAUUUAAGAACGAAGAUCAGUUUAAAGAUGUCGUUCUUUGCAUGGGAAUAAGUGGAGUAACAGGCAUUUGCGAAAGAUUGGUCACAAAUUAUAGAUUAUGGAGAUCAGGCUUUCCAGACCUCAUUGUUUGGAAUGUUAUUAAUUCAACGUGCAAGAUAGUGGAAGUGAAAGGACCUGGUGAUUCACUGUCUCAGAAACAAAAACUUUGGCUUCAAUACUUGGAACAAAUAGGUCUUGAUGUUGAAGUAUGCCAUGUAGAAGCACUGGGAAGAGGAUCAAAAUAAUGUAUUAUGGAGCAUUAGCAUAAACACAUCUAAAAGAUUAUAUAUUAUUUUUUUAUGAAGUUAAAAUUGAUUAUAUUGCAUGAUAAAAGAUUUAUUCGCGUGCAUAAAAAGUAUUUUAAUGCAUUGAGUACUGUUUCCAAACUAAAUCUCUAUUUAGAACAUAAGUUUAUAUUCAAAAUCAUCUAAGUUUAAAAAAUGUAAUUGUUAAUGGUAUUGUUGCAUGGAAUGUCGUCGAAAAAUUAAUAAAAGAAUUUAUAUUUUUGACAAAAAAAACUGUAGAAAGUGUUUUUAGUUGAUUUUUCGAACUCGACGCGCCGCAAUGUAAAGUUCGCUGCUCCGCGAAGU